AUGUUUACCAGGCGAGUCAGAGGAGUUUUUGAACAUCGCAAGCAGCUGCUAAUACCUUCUAGAGCCGAAGUCAACCAGCAGAGUUCGAAAGGCCGAUGUUUGGUUAUCAUCAAAGGAAAUGUUUACGACCUGAGCUCGUACUUGGACUCCCAUCCCGGAGGGUCAAGUAUCCUCCGACAAUAUGCUGGGCGGGAUGCAACAGAAGCAUUCGAGCCCAUCCACCCAGAUAACGUGAUCGAGAAACAUCUAUGCCGAGAGGCCAAUCUCGGCCCCGUGGCAGAUUCCGAUAUGAAUACCGCACCAGUCUCAGCACCAAUCAAGAUGUCUUCAUCGGGAAGUAGUCUUGAGAAGAGUAUCCCUUCACUUUUGAGAUCCGUUGUCAACAUUAAUGAUUUUGAACUUGUUGCCUCUCAAAAACUACCCGCGCGCUCGUUUGCCUUCUUUAAAUCUGGCGCUGAAGAUGAAGAAACUGUUCAAUGGAACCGUAAUAGUUGGAAACGUAUUCGAUUUUGUCCGCGAGUCCUAAGACCUAUCCGGACCAUCGACCUAACGACAUCCAUUCUUGGAACAAAAUACUCCACGCCAUUUUUCAUCUGCCCUGCAGGAGGUGCUAAACUUGCGCAUCUGAGUGGGGAUCUGGCUUUGACCAAAGCUGCUGGGAAACAUGGCAUUCUUCACUGGGUCCCAAACAACACCGGUUAUUCACAGAAACAACUGGCGGACGCGCGUGCGGACACGCAGACAUUAUACUGGCAGAUAUAUGCUCUGGAGGACCUUUCCGUGACGGAAAAGGAAAUCAAGCAAGCUAUUUCUUUGGGAUACCGGGCGUUUGCUUUGACUGUUGAUGCCAAUCGAGUCGGCAAGCGCGAACGGGAUGUGCGUUUAAUCAUCAAGGAGGAGGAGCUUGCUGGGAAUCAAGCGGAUGAAGACAAUGCGUUUGCAAGUGGUCCUACAAUUUCGCGGUCCCACAUCUUCCCCGACUUCGACUGGACGUCCGCAGUUACGUGGUUACGGAAGAUGACAGACCUACCAAUUGCGAUAAAGGGCAUUCAAUCCUGGGAAGAUGCCGCACUAUGCAUGAAGUACGGAGUACACCCGUGGCUGUCAAACCACGGAGGACGACAGCUCGAGGGAGCUCCCUCUGCUGUGGAUACUCUUCUUGCAAUUCAUACACAUUGCCCCGAGGUGUUUCGCCGUUGCGAUGUUAUUGUCGAUGGGGGUAUCAGUCGCGGUUCUGAUAUUGUCAAAGCUCUUGCUUUAGGCGCGAAAGGCGUCGGACUGGGAAGAGCUUUCCUUUACGCCUUGGCGCUUGGCGAGCUGGGUGUCGACAAGGCAAUCAGAAUCCUGAAAAAUGAAGUUGAGACGACGAUGGCUUUACUGGGAGUUUCCAGUAUUGACUCACUGGGUCCUUCUUAUGUAAGUUGGGUUCAACGAGAACAUUCUCUCUUAAAUGUUGCCAUCAUUCGCUAA